AGUUUGUUAUAGAAGCAUUAACGUUUCUCUGUUUAUAUUUUACCGUUCCUCUCUCUCUAACACCGAUUCAUUCAUGGGAACCUUUCAGCUGUGGUGGCAGGCCCAAAAGGAGGUCGUCUUCGCCUUCACCGGUCUAUCUCCGAUCACUUUCUACACUCUAGCGGCGAUUCUAAUAGCCCUUUACUUCUCCGUUUCUAGUCUCUUUGCCUCCUCCUCCUCCGACCGUCACCACCAAACGCGCCACAUCCAAGCGGAGGUUCCCCCUCUCCGACCUCCGGUUCAGCUGGGUGAAAUCACCGAAGAAGAGCUCAAGGGUUACGAUGGAAAGGAUCAUGAUAAGCCCUUGCUCAUGGCCAUUAAGGGUCAGAUCUAUGAUGUCUCCCAGAGCAGGAUGUUUUAUGGACCCGGCGGUCCUUAUGCUUUAUUUGCUGGCAAGGAUGCUAGUAGAGCUUUAGCAAGGAUGUCUUUUGAAGAGAAAGAUCUGACUGGUGAUAUUUCCGAUCUUGGCCCAUUUGAGGUUGAUGCAUUACAAGACUGGGAAUACAAGUUCAUGGAGAAGUAUGUUAAGGUUGGAACUAUUAAAAAGGAAGUUCCAGUUCCCGAGUCCACCGGCGAUCAAUCGGAAUCUACUCCCCGCGAUGUUGACGCUGUUAAUCCAACUGCUGCAGCUGUUAAAAGUGAUGAAACACCUUCGAAGGUUGACGCAGAUAAAGAUUAAUCCCACAAAGACAUUGCAAAAAAAAUCAUGGAAAAAGAAAAACAACAUAGUAGUUGCUGAGAAGUCCGAGCAAAGUGUCAGGCAUGUUUUCAUGGUUAAUGUUAGGCCUGCCACUUUGCAUGCACUGUUGCUUUUCUUGAAGUUGAACAUUCAGUCUGAUAAAUAAUGAAUUGUAGUGGUGGUAACAGAGGAAUGAAAUGCUGUGGUCUUUUGCAUAUUUUGCAUAAGCCUUGAUUGAAUAAUGUAUUGCUUUUAGCAAGAAUAAUUGUUCUCCAUUGCUCUUAGCAAAUAAUAAAAGAAGUGAAUGUAUGGAAUUUGAUGAAA